AUGGAUUUUAGUAUAGAAGAGCUUAGUAUAAUAGCAUUGCUUUUGGACGAGGACGAAAAGAAGGAAAAAAGAAGACACUGGGUUCAUCCCAUAUGGAAGUUUCGAGACACCGAAGGAGAAUUUGCAACAUUGUAUAGAGGAUUGGUGGACCACGAAUUCAAAUUUUAUGAAUAUUUUAGAAUGAGCCAAAAUGCAUUUUGUGAUUUGCUAACAAAAGUGGAGAAGUAUAAAAAAAAAGACACAUGCUGGAGACGGGCUAUUUUUGCAAGAGAAAGACUGGCGGUUUGUUUGAGGCAAGUGUUUGUAAUUUAUAAAUAA